UUGAUCAAUUAUUCAUCACAUAAUCUUGUUGAUGUAUACAGUGUUCUCUUUGCUCUGCUCAUUUCAUUUAGCAUCAGUUCAUGAAAGUCUUUCUAGGCCUUUCUGAAAACACCCUGCUCAUCGUUUCUUAUAGAACAAUAAUAUAUAUAUUUUUUGUGGAAACUUAAAAAAACCCAAUAAUAUUUCAUAACAUUCAUAUACCAUAACAUAUUCAGCCAUUCUCUAAUUGAUGGGCAUUCAUUCGGUUUCCACUUUAUUGACACUACAAAAAGGGCUGCUACAACCAUUUUUGCACAUAUGGGUCCUUUUUCCCUUUUUUCUAUACAUAUUUCCAUGUUUAUCAUGCUUGUACAAAUCUUUUUUUAAACACAUUUUCACAUUUGUCAUGUUGUGCAUGAAAAGUCAGACUACAAAGGAAAAAAAAAACACAAGAAAGGAAAAAAAAUCAAAGGUGAAAAUACUAUGCUUCAUUCCAUAUUCAGGCUCCACAGUUUUCUCUCUCUGAAUACAUCUGUAUUAUAGGCUCAUCUUGGGUAAAAUUCUGGGUAAAAGACAAAGUAUUUACAGAGAAGUCAAGAGUGGAGAGAAUACAGAUGAUUACAUUGUGAUAUUGAAGAAAGAGUUUUCUGGAGUAUGACUUUUUCUUGGAAAGCAUAAAUGGAUGGUGAAGAGGUUUCAUUCAAAGAGAAUUGCCUCUUACCUGUUCUCUAUUUAUUAUAUUUAAACAUUCAUUAAGCUCCUAUGUAAUGGUCCCUGUGCUGCAAAUAGGAAUAUGAGAGAAAACCUCUUCUUGGGAAUCUAUACCCUAAUUGCUCAAAAAGGGAAGACAUUAAUCAUAUAACCUAUGCAAGGGAACACGAGAGAAAGACAAAGGGGGGUGGGGCAAGCAAAGAUGUUUGAGGAGAGAUUAUAUUAAAAUGUAUUUAUUGAUAUUACCUUAAUUUCUGAGUAUAUCCCUUUCCCCUUGUAACAAUGCAGAUUUCAUAGUGUAUGCAGUAUGACAUAUCUAGUCCCUUACCUCUGAAAGAGGGGAAAGGAAGCAUUUAUUUAUUUGCUUAUUGACUUGAGAAAUCAUUACUUUCUGCUUUGAUUUGAAAAGUGUUGGUACAAGCUUCCUGAAGUACUGUAUAUAGUAUUUGAAUUGUGGCCCUAAGAAAGAGAAAGUCUUUGCAACAGAAAAAAAUAGUUGUAGAUGGGCUUGUGCUCACAGAUUGUCCAGGUGUAGUAGUGGGGAGAAAAAAAAGCAAAGCAAAGGAAAAACAUGAAGGAGAAUAGACUGGGCAGGCAGCCAGGAGGAGGAUUGUAAAAGGGUCUUUAAUGCUAUAAGAAGUUCAUUUUUUUUCCCCUUUCUGAUAGUUGUAUACCAGGUUCUCUGAACUCCAGGAGAUAAUUAACAGCAGUAGCUAGAGCUGAAGCUCCAUUUUAAUAUGAUUGCAUUUGGAAAAUAGGGAACCAGUAGUGUUGUCUAUUCAUUUGGGAUUUUGGGAGGCAAGGGAAAAGAGAAGUCCUUAUGAAUUACAGAAGGGAUGAUUGAUAGUCUUUAGGCCUUUGACCUCUCCUUCCCACUUAAAAUUUUUUUUUCUCCUGAUCACUUUCCUGUUGGUGAUUCCCUGUUUCUUCUUGGAAUUUGAAUUUUUAGUGCUUGAGUGGGGAAAACUAGUGAGGGAAAAGGAAAAUGAUCAGCAAAAAUCUUAGCCAGUUGGGUCCAAAAAAUUGGCAAGGUAGAUCUUCUUCCAUGGACAGUAGAGAAAGUGAUUCUUUGGGAGGAGAGAGAGAAGAGAAGAAGCUCUGGAGAAUGAGGAGGAGAGCAGAAAAGAGGCAGGAAAGAAGAAUUCACUGAAGUGGAAAAGGAAGGGUUUGAAACUAACAGAAAAAAAUAGUUUUGGUGUAUUAAAUUCAAAGAGACAGAAUUUGGGGCCAGGAUUAGCAUCAGAGGAGGAGAGAGGAAAUAUGUGGAAUAGGUCUUAUGGUUGCAAGUAGAUCAGGACCUGGAUCCUAUCUAUAGAGGCAAGGGUAUCAUAGUGUUAGCUGCUUGAAUCAACACUGUUUCUCUUCCUUUUCUUCACCCCAACAAGACACUGAUUCUUGGAUUCCUGCAGUUUCAAUGUCUCUUGGGCAUUCUUGAUGGUAGGGGUUUCUUUAUCCAGUGAAGUUGGGUUUGGAGCUUCAGUUAGUUGGUGAAGACAUCUUGUGGAACACGUACCAAUAGUGCAUAUAAAGCAAGGUUUUCUGAUCACUGAAUGAUCCCAAUAUCUUCGUCAGAUGCUUUUAGGAGUAGAGGUGUGCAUCAUUAUCUUGUUGAGUUAUAUUAUCUUAGACUAAUGCUAUGAUAUGUCUACUAUAUGUUCCUCUCCGCCCCAUCCCCCUGCCAUUUCCUAUAGGGCACAAUGAAGGGAGAAACAAGAAGAUAUAAUGGUGAGGAGACCAACAAAGAAGAAUUUAGUUUGGUCAAUGGCAGUGAUGAUGACACUCUUUCUCCUCCAGUCCUGGAAGCUGUGGAGAGCCUGGAGAUCAAAGGUCGUAGGGUAAGCCGACGGGGACUGUCGAAAAGGGAACUCUCUCAUAUGAUCACCUUCGAUGAGGAGCUGACAGAUGACUCAGAGGUGUCAGAAAUCCCUGUGAUGCCAAAGCUGUACAGAGAAACCAAGAUUCAGCCUGACAUUUCAAAUGUCCGGUCCCAAAGUGAGGAUAGUGCCACUGAGUGGGGAAGACGCAGACCUCCGCCACGUCUGGCCUCACGAGCUGAGCCCAGUAAGCCCAGCAGAAAAGAAACUGAAGAAAUCAAUUCUGACUUCAAAGAGACUCCUGUGACGAGGAGUAAUAGGCGUCGACAGUCCACCGGCAACCUGCCCACUGGUAUCCAGGCUUCCCUGAGCUCUUGCCUCACUAUUGAUCUCACUGAUGAUCUUGGGAGUAACACUACCACCAGGCGUAGUGCUCGAGAAAGACGUCGUCAUUCUCUGGGUUCCCCAGUGGUGCUUUUAGACAACCAUGAUCAGGUGGAAUACCAGGAUGGAAAAGAAUUUCACAUUGGUGAACUUGUCUGGGGGAAAAUUAAAGGUUUUUCUUGGUGGCCUGCUAUUGUGGUUUCCUGGAAAUCUAAUACAAAACGCCAGGCCAUUCCUGGCAUGAGAUGGGUACAGUGGUUUGGAGAUGGCAAAUAUUCUGAGGUCCCCUCAGACAAGUUAGUGAGUCUUGCAUUAUUUAGCCAACACUUUAAUUUACCUACGUUUAACAAGCUGGUAUCUUACAGGAAGGCUUUAUUUCAAGCCCUAGAGAUGGCCAAGGGCCGGGCGGGCAAGACUUUUCCAGCCAUUCCUGGUGCUUCUUGGGAUGAAAAACUCAAGCCCUUGUUAGAUUGGGCUCAUGGCGGCUUCCAGCCAAUGGGAGAAGAAGGACUUAAACCAAAACAGAAAUCAGAUGGAUCUAUCAUUCCAGAACCCAAACAGAGAAGAAGGACAUUAGAGGAAGUCACUGUUCAAGAUAGUAUACCUCCUUCGAAACGCCUGAGGACCAACUGCUUGAAUAACAACAAAGAACGGGUAGAGGAAGAGCAAAGUCGAGAAAAAAUGGUUUCUGACAUCAUAAACAACAAAAGCAGCCCUGAAGAUAACUGCAUAGCAUGUGGAAGAAAAAACCCACCCUCUUUUCACCCUCUCUUUGAUGGGGGUCUUUGUCAUACAUGUAAAGAUAGAUUUCUAGAGCUGUUCUAUAUGUACGAUGAUGAUGGCUAUCAAUCGUACUGUACCGUAUGCUGUGAGGGACGGGAACUCUUACUAUGUAGCAAUUCAAGCUGUUGCCGGUGCUUUUGUGUCGAAUGCCUUGAUGUGCUGGUUGGAGCAGGAACGUCAGUCAGUGCCAAAGCACAAGAGCCUUGGAGUUGUUACAUGUGCCAGCCUCAGCGGUGCUAUGGGGUCUUACAGCGUCGAAAGGACUGGAGCAUUCGCCUUCAGGAAUUUUUCACCAAUGACAUAGCUCAGGAAUAUGCAGUUCCAAAACUGUAUCCAGCAGUCCCUGCAUCAAAGAGACGGCCAAUCAGAGUCCUGUCCCUUUUUGAUGGUAUAGCUACAGGCUAUUUAGUGCUAAGAGAAUUGGGCAUCAAGGUAGACAAGUACAUUGCUUCAGAGAUCUGUGAAGAUUCCAUUGCUGUUGGGACAGUCAAGCAUGAAGGGAACAUCAAAUAUGUUCAUGAUGUCAGAAACAUCACAAAGCGCCAGAUUGAUGAAUGGGGACCAUUUGAUUUGCUUAUUGGUGGAAGUCCAUGCAAUGAUCUUUCAAAUGUAAAUCCUGCCAGGAAGGGCUUGUAUGAGGGCACAGGAAGGCUGUUCUUUGAAUUCUACCAUUUACUCAAUUAUACGCGUCCCAAAGAAGGGGAUGAACGCCCUUUCUUUUGGAUGUUUGAAAAUGUGGUGGCCAUGAGGGUCAAUGACAAGAGGGACAUCUCAAGGUUUUUGGAGUGUAACCCAGUAAUGAUUGAUGCCAUAAAAGUCUCAGCUGCACAUCGAGCUCGCUAUUACUGGGGCAACCUGCCUGGAAUGAACAGGCCGGUGAUAGCAUCAAAGACCGAUAAACUCGAGCUUCAGGACUGCCUGGAGUACAAUAGGAUAGCGAAGUUAAAGAAAGUACAGACAAUAACUACUAAGUCGAACUCGAUCAAACAGGGGAAAAAUCAGCAAUUCCCUGUUAUCAUGAAUGGCAAAGAAGAUAUAUUAUGGUGCACAGAGCUAGAAAGAAUUUUUGGCUUUCCUGUCCAUUACACCGACGUGUCAAAUAUGGGUCGAGGUGCUCGCCAGAAGUUGCUGGGCAGAUCCUGGAGCGUCCCUGUUAUCCGGCAUCUUUUUGCCCCACUGAAGGACUACUUUGCCUGUGAAUAACACAUGGGCUGGAACUAACAGGUGGAAGGGGAUUUUGGCCAUGGGAGGAGGGUAAUAUUGGGGAAGAACCAUGACCAGGGAUGGCAGAACUUCUGGGUUCUUCUCCGCCUCUCAUCUUCCCCUCCCAAGUUCUAGUCUCUGCUAUUCUUCAGUUUUGUUGCUGUGAUGAAUAAGGUCAAACCAAGACCUAAACCAUCAGUCAUUACAUGUACCUCAGACUUCUCCCCAUUUGCUCAGUGGGACUCUUUUUUUUUUUGAGACACACUCCUUCAGAUGACUUGUUCAAACUAUUUCUCUGAAGCUUUACAGACAAGUUCUACUACUUGAUUGUGGCCACUGAGAGGGGCAAGACCGGUGCUUCUGUCUUUUUUUUUUUUUUAAACUACACUUGAAAUAGAGAAUUUUUAGUGUUUUUUUUUUUUUUUUUUCCCUCACAAAAUGAUGGCUUAAGUAUGUAGGAAUAAGGUGUCAAACCUUGUUAGGUCAUAUUCUGAAGCAAUAAGACAACACAGGUGUCAAGAAUGCCAUUAAAAAAAAUUUUUUUUUGGGGGGGGUUUGUUGUUCCUUGUUCAGUGAAAUAUAAUCCUGGUGAGAAAGUUGUAAACGUAGCUGAAUGGAACUACUGACAGACCGACUUAUAUACAGAUGAAGCUGAAAGAAUCCGAGCAGCAAAUGAUGAUUUUUCUAGUAAUUAGUAACAAUAAUUUGUAUGUUCUCCAAUAUUUUCUACUUCAUUAAAAUAAAAAAAGAAUAAAACUCCCUCACCUUAAAAAUCAAAAUAAAAAUCAAGGACUAAUGAUUUUGUAAGCUUGGGUGCAAAUCAAUGCCCGUUUAAUACCUCCAGGCAUUUUGGAAAGUGAUAAAUCCAGCUGGGCUGGUUUCAACACAUUUCCAGUGCAUUUAAAGUAAAUCAUUGACACAAACUAACUGAAAUUAUUCAUUGUCCUGCUAUACUACUUCAUGAUAGCCCUAAAGGAGGGAUAUGGGGAAGAUAGAGGGACUGGAAUAGUAAACAGAAACAUCCAUUCUUUGUUAGGAUUUGGGGUAUCUUUUCUCCUGUGUAAUGUUGCAGUCAAAGACCCAAGACUGAACAGGCAGCUAAAUGAAUAUGUGCCUUAAAAGUGUGUGUUAUGAUUCUCUAGGCUGCUAACCUCCCCAUCACUUCAGCUCUCUCAUCACUUUCUCUCCCAAAAGGUGGUAGAGGAAGGAAAAGUCCUCAUCUUUUCUUUACUCAGGUGGCACUUUGCUUAGUAACUGCUAGGUGCAUUAUUUGUGGUGACAGAGGUUGAUUGCAUGAUAACCUCACAAUCUUGUAUUUUAUCACCUUCCCGUAGUGGUCAUGUUUGGGGUUCAGAUGCACAUUUUUUUUUUUUUUUAUUUUUUCAUCUAAAAGAUGGAAAGUCUGUAAUAACCCUGUGGCUUCCUCCAGAAAAUUUUUAUCUGCCAUGACACCUGUCUUUUAAUUCCAUGUAGGAAACUUUUUAAGGGGAGGAAGCAACUGGGGAAGCAGCAUUUCAGAAAUGCUAUUGUAAUGGUUUUAAGGCCUUUUACUCUUACUGGUGCUAUUUUCUAGAAUAAAGACAUUACUGUUGACAGUUUUUCUAUCUUUUUUAUGUUUAUGUUUCAUAUAUAUAUAUAUUUUUUGGUAACAAUAGCCAAAUAACAAAUGAAAAACUGCCUUGUUUAAAGUUUUCCCAGUUUUUAGAAUGGAAAUUGAUGAAUGCCUAGAGUUUACCUUAUUAUAAUGGUUUAAUUAAAAAUCAGUAUUUCUC